AUGCCCUCAGCACCCAACUCUGAUACCACCAUAAGGGUCCUGGUCGCCGGCGGCAGCUACGCCGGCCUCGCCGUCGCCGUAAACCUGCUGGACCUGCAUCGUGGCGUGUCUCCUCGCAUGCACCCGGAGCCGUUUGUUCCCGAGCAGGACUGGCCGCACAUUAAAUUCCACAUUACCGUCGUCGACGAGCGUGAUGGCUUCAUGCACAUCGUCGGCGCCCCCCUCGCCAUGGCCGACCCGGCCUACCGCGACCGGGCCUGGGCGCGCUUCAAGGACAUGACGGACCUCCAAGCCGACAACCUCACCUUUGUCCACGGCAGCCUGUCCCACGUCGACUGCGCCGCCAAGACGGCCACCAUCCUCCCGCACGGCACCAACCAGGCUCCCACCACCAUCGAGUACGACUACUUUUGCGCCGCCACCGGCUACCGCCGCGUCUGGCCCGUCGUGCCCCAAGCCCUCACCUACGACAACUACCUCGUCGAGACGCAGCGCCACAUCGAGGAUGCCUCCCGCGCGACCCACGGCGUGUUGGUGGUCGGCGGCGGCGCCGUCGGCAUCGAGAUGGCCGCCGAGCUCAAGCUCGUGAUGCCGCACCUGCGCGUCGUCCUGGCCCACUCGCGCGACAAGCUGCUCUCCUCCGAGGGCCUGAGCGACGAGUGCAAGGACGUCUCCCUGCAGCUGCUGCACGACGCCGGCGUCGAGGUGCUGCUGAACCACCGCCUGGAGAGCCACGAGCGCGUCGAGACGGCGGACGGGUCGGCCAAGUACAGCGCCAAGUUCACCAACGGAACCGCCAUGGACUUUAGCAUGGUGAUUGUCGGCGUGUCCCAGAGCGUGCCCGCCACAGACUUUCUGCCCGUCGCGGCGCGAGACGAAGACGGCAAAGUAAAUAUUCAGCCAAACCUCAUGCUGCCUGCCGAGAUCCCCAACUCCGAGUACCACUACUGCGCUGGCGACGCGACAAAGUGGUCCGGCAUCAAGCGGUGCGGCGGCGCCAUGCGAGCCGGCCACCUGGUCGCCAUGAACAUCCACCAGCACGUCCUUCACAACGUCAUCGACCACACCCCCAAGUACGGCGAGCUCGCCGAGAUCCCUGCCAUGAUCGUCAUGGCGGUGGGCAAGAAGGCGGUCUGGUCCGGUCCGGAAGGCACCGGCUCGGGAGAGGAUGUGAUGGCUAAAUUCUUUGGCAAUGAUUUAUACCUGUCUGGCUGCCUGAGCUGGAUUGGCGUGAAGAUGCGUCAGGACGUACAGGCGUCCAUGUAA